AACGCAUGGCCGCUCGCAGUGUUCCCAACUUCUCGCAAUGAACUGAUGACUAAAAAACAGUCCCGAAGAAGAAGACGGACGAAUAUUUCUGCGAACCAUUCGUGGCCUCCGGCUCACGGUGAAACCGUUUCACGCCGCCGAGGAGAAGAAGAGUGUGUGUGUGUGUGUGUGUGUGUGCGUGCAUAGCCACAUUGCGAGCAGGCCACCACACAGCCGGUGCUGUGAUGUCCUCGACCCCCAGCAGACUCAAACACCCACACUGCAGGAAGAAGCACUAUCCCAUCAGCACCUACCUCACCCACGUCUGAUAGCCGGACUCGAGGCCUUUUUUUUUGAGACGCCAGGUAGAGGACUUGACGGGAGAGAUUGAGGAAACCCGAGAAAGAUGUCCGACUCGGCUGGAAGUGGUGAAGGCGGUGGUGUGGCGGGCACAGGGCCGGACGCAGAAGCGGACAGUGAGCCCCCUCAUCAGGCACCGGCUCCCUCCGAAGGUGACCGCUUGGAGGUGGAGGUGACCUCUGAUGACGGGGUGCCUUUGUCUGCCAAGCGGCCCAAGAUGAGCGAGGAGGAACAGGGACUGGAGCAGGUUGCAGAGCCCGUCACUAUGUAUGGAGAAACACUGGCGGAGACGGGAUCGCUGCAGGCCGAUCCAGCCCCGCCAGAACAAAGGACAGGGGAAGCACCACAGUGUGAGGACGCGGGGGAAGAGGGGCCAGUAAGUGGAGGGCUCGAUAUCCAAUUAGAAGGAGGAGAGACAACGCCAGAGGAGGAGGACAACGGUAACGGAUCUGCAGAAAGCCCCAGCGAAGGACAGCGCCUCGGCCUAGAUUUUACCCGACCCCAGAUGCUGACUGGUGCCUGGACGGAGUACUCCAACGUCCCAGAGAAUUACCUCAAAGGCUGCAAAUGGGCUCCUGAUGGUUCCUGUAUCCUGACCAACAGUGCAGACAAUGUGCUCCGUGUGUACAACCUCCCUCCAGAGAUUUACAGCUACAACUGGGACUCGCUCCCUGAGAUGAGUCCGGUGCUGAGGAUGGCGGAGGGGGACACCAUCUACGACUACUGCUGGUACCCCAAGAUGAACUCUCUGGAUGCGGACACGUGCUUUCUAGCCAGCAGUAGCCGGGACAACCCAGUCCACGUGUGGGAUGCGUUUUACGGGGAGGUGCGAGCCAGUUUCCGACCCUACAAUCACCUGGAUGAGCUGACGGCAGCCCACUCCCUCUGCUUCUCGCCCGACGGGACGCAGCUCUACUGCGGCUUCGACAAAACGGUCCGGAUCUUCUACACCGAUCGUCCGGGAAGGGACUGUGAGGAGCGGCCCACCGUGGUGAAGAAGCAGGGCCAAGGUGGCAUCAUCUCCUGCUUUGGCUUCAGCCCCUGCCAGACUGUUUACGCCUGUGGCUCUUACUCCCGCUGCGCUGGCCUCUACUCCUGCCAAGACGGCACCCUGCUGGCUCUGCUGCCGACCCGCCACCACGGAGGCCUCACCCAUCUGCUCUUCUCCCCCGACGGCAACUACCUGUACACUGGCGGGCGCAAGGAUCCAGAGAUCCUGUGCUGGGACAUACGGGAGCUGAGCAAGGUUGUGUUUUCACUCAAGAGAAACGUGGCCACUAACCAACGCAUCUACUUCGAUCUGGACCAGUCGGGCAGGUACCUGAUAAGUGGCGACACAGAGAGAGUGGUGUCGGUGUGGGACACCCAGACAGCUCCUCCUGAUGGUAACGAGGCGCUACUGCAGCCUGAGCUCAGGUUCCAGGCCCAUUGGGACUGCACCAACGGCGUCAGUAUUCAUCCCUUCAUGCCGCUGUUGGCUACAUCCAGCGGGCAGCGGCAGUUCCCGUCUCCCGGUGAGAGCGGGGACUCGGCCUCUGAGGGCGAGGGAGGGGACGCCCGGGUGUCGCCUCAGGAGACCCGACAGGACAACGCCCUGACUCUGUGGUGGGCCGGGCCGCUCGCCCCCGCCGCCGAGGGGAGCCCGGAGCAGCCUGAAGCUCUGCCGGCCCAGACGGCUGACACAAAGUGACACCUGCCAUGUGAUAUUUAUUUUAGGAACGCUUUCUACGGAUAAAGCUAUUUUUUUUUUUUUUUUUUUUUUUGUCUUUUUGGUCAUCAGCAACAUGAAUUCCUGGGGUGUGAACGCCUCUCUGGGUCAUUUUUAAAUAUCUGGUUACCGUAAACAUUUACAGUCCACGUAACUUAAGUCUUAACAUAUCAUCUUCCAGUUUACAACAUUUACUGACACACUAGCAGAGAUCAAAUUCAAAGGUCCGGGUUAGUGCAGAUCUGAUUUCAGGGUUCUGUGUGCAUGUUGUAAAGCCAGUUGGGUGAAUAAGAAUUGGAGCUGUAUGCCAAGACUGGUCCAUGCUAAACGCAGGGAGGUUGAGACCAGUGUAAACAAAUUGGAUUGGGACCUGAUAUCUCUCAAUUUAGUUAUUUAAUUAGCGGAAGAACAUUUGUUUGAAUACGAUGAAUCUUUAAUCAAAAAAUGUUGUUCGCACUGAUGUUCUUCCUGAACUGGUAGAAUGUGCAGGGCCUUGACUUGUGUGUGUCUGUAAUGCUGCCCUGGAGAUCCAUAACUGCUAUAGUUACAGAAGUGCCCUUUGUUCUUGACUUUUUGCUUUUUGUAAACGGAGGGGAUCUUUCGUUUUUACCCUUUUCUUUCUUUAACUGUUGGACGCCCAAGUGUCCUGUCGCAUGCCCACAAAUGUAUAUUUUAUAAAGCUGUGAUCAUUAAAAAAUGUUGUGUAAACUCUGUAAGCAGCUAGCUUGAUUACCGUAAACUCAUAACAAUCUGUGAAAGUCUGUAAGUAGUAAAAAAAAACGAGGGAUGUCUAUUCUAUUGUUUUCUGGUUGUUUUUUUUUCUACAAAUUGGGCUAGAUUUGUGAGUGAUGCAGCAGCACAUUGUGUUUGUAUAAUUGCAUUAAUACUGUACUGCAGUGCUCUUGCCAUACGUGGGGUGUGCUUUACUUUAGGGUUGUGUAAUGUUCCAGGUAGAUGAGAGGAAGUACAGCAUGAUCCAACUAAAACCUCACAUCGUUGACACCGAGGAGUCGAUCCACUCUGAAGCCUCUGCUGAUCCAGGUUUCCAAGCGUUAGUGCAGCCGCCAUCGAACAAUACUACACUGGUUUGCACUACCAGGAAGCAUUCGGAACCAUGUAGGCCUCGAUCAUGUGACCUGCGUCUGCUACAGGUGGCUUUUUGGUGUGUUUUUCUUUUAUUCAAGCUGCAGUGAAUUCAAAGCGUAUCUCUUUACACUCUUCUGGUGUUUGUGCUUUCUGGUUUAAAGCAGUUCAGAGUUGGAUGCCCUGUAAUACAAACCUCAAUAAAUGCACCAUGAUGCUCUACUUGA